AUGAAUCACAAUGUAUCUCCUAAAAGUAGUACACAUAAGUUUGUCAAAUCUCCAAAAGGAAGCAAGUCAAAAAUGAGUCAGUAUUUGAUAAACGAAGUACAGAAUGCGUUAAAUAGUACGCAAAGUUCAUUAGCUGAACAAGAAUUGAAGGAUGGCUAUGAAUUAGAACAAUUAUUGAAUAUGGCUAGAGUACCUAUUUGUCUAGAAAAAUUCAUAGCUUUUACUCUUUUGGCGUCUUUUGACAGCUUUCUAUAUUAUUUCACAGUUUUACCAAUUAGAUUUAUUAAAGGCAUCUAUAGAUCUUUGUAUUCUGUUAAAGCUGGUAGUAAACCAAUGAAAACUUAUAGAGAACGUCUAACAAUCUUUUUAAUUAUUGUUGCUUCUAUGGUAUUAGGUAAAUUAGACACAUCUAAAUUAUAUCAUAGAAUUAAAAGGCAGAGUGAAGUAAAAUUAUAUAUGUUGUUUGGUGUUUUAGAUAUGGCCGAUAAAAUGUGCUCAACAAUGGGCCAAUCAUUAUUAACUGUUGGAUUAUCAAGAAAAAACAAAGCACGCCCACGAAUAAUGCAAGGAAUAUUCAUAAUAUUAGUUCUGAUUUAUAUGAUCAUUCAUGGUUAUAUAUUAAUUAACGAAACAGUUGCUCUAAAUGUAGCAGUCAAUUCAUAUUCGAAUUCCUUAAUGACGCUUUUAUUAUCAAUGCAAUUUGCUGAAAUUAAGGCAUCUAUCUUUAAGAAAUUCGACAAAGAAAAUUUAUUUCAAAUGGCAAUUGCUGAUGUAGUAGAGCGAUUUCAGUUAGUUUCCUUUUUAUUGAUUAUUGUUAUGAGGAAUUUAGUGGCGGGAAUCAGAUCUCCGUCUAAUAUUAUCCCAAAUUCAUGGAAUUUUAAUAUUACUUCUAGUAAAAUAGUAGGCGUUCUAUGUGGUCCAAUUGUUAGUGUAAUUGGGAGUGAACUCAUUGUGGAUUGGCUAAAGCAUGCGUAUAUUAUUAAAUUUAAUAGAAUAAGACCAACAAUUUACAACAAUUUUUUCUUUUUAAUGUAUAAGGAUCACAAAAUUGGUCUACAAAAAUAUCAAGAGCGACUAGGUUUACCAUUACCUGCUUAUACAGUAUUGUUUGUUGUUAUGUUACGUCCAACAGUAUUAAAUGCAUUGAGCAAUCUGUUUAUUCCUUUGAGAUUAUUAAUUUUAAUUAUGGGGUUCUCUUGGCUCGUUUUAUUGAAAGUAAUUGUUCAUUUGAUUUUAUUAAGGUGGGGUAAGACGAUUCGUACAAUGUGGCUAAACAAUACUAUCAAGAAUUCAGUAGAUGAAAAUAAUUAUGUUCCAGGGUUAGUCUCCGGAGGAUUGAGUGAAGUAGAUGAUACAUCCAGAUUAAUAAUUCAUGCAAAUGAUAAGCAACAAGAGCAAGAGGAAAAGCAACCAGCUAAAGGCUUUAGGGAACAAUUUAAGUCUAAAUUGUAUGCGAAUCCAGAUACACCAAAGAGUUUAAAUGAAAAACGUAAGAAGAAAGAUCAUGAAAACCCUCAUUCGUUAGAGGAAGUUUCUCGCUUCAAAAUGGUUUCUAAGAGGAUUUGGUGA